UUCUACACAAUUCGAUUUGACAUACAAACAAAUUUAGGAUAUAACAGUAAACACGACUUUUAACUCAGACAGCUGAACAUUUGACUUUAUGCUCCUUCAUCCAUUCCCGUGUGUAACCUUACUUUUGUAUUCUAGCAUCUUAAGUUUGUUUAACGUACCAGGAGAGACCAAACGGGGGUGCAUCGAAGCCAACAUAACACCCAGCAAAAUCAAUCGGUGCACCAAAGGCGUUUAUUUCGCAGGGAUUAUGAAUUGAAAAAAACAGAACAGACCCAAUAUUCACUUGUGAAUUUUCAGUAAGUAUGACGCAUCACAGCAGGAUAAGUUGUCACAUAUUAUACUUCCCCUGGCAGCUACUUCCCGCGGGAAGACUUGUAACAAUACUGGACGUCGCUGCAACUGAUCGCACCACUUAGAGGAAAUGGAAGAUCUCUCACAGGAUGCUUGACAAAGAAGAACAAUCCAUCGUGACACAUCGCAAUAUUGAAAGAAUGGUUUCACUGAAAUCUGACUUGUAUCACUGAGCCCCGACCCGACUAAAGCUAAUUAGAGCGAGCUGGGAUUAUAUACACUAAUUGAAUUCUGUGUGAGAUGAAUGUUUACGUCACACUUUGCCAGCGGAGAGUAGAGCACAAGGAUAGCUUUAUUUACAACCCGUCCGGAAACGGCCUUAUAAAUGCACUGUUAAUAGAUUGCACAUGUGAGCUAGAUGCUCGGAGAGAGAAAAAGAGACUGAAGUGAAAGUUAGGAGUAAAAACUGGCAAUAUAACUCGCGUUCGGUGUGCUAAUUUAAAAUUGUCUUGCAAUAUUCCAAAGAAGUCGAAGUAUUAUUUUAAAACCGAUUUCCGACAACAAUGCAUAUUCAUGGAAUUAGGACAGUUAGCAGACCAUCCCCUACUAGCUAGACAACCCACAAGGAAGAUGACACAUGUUGUACUAAUAGGAUUUUAAUGAAUUAUACACGACAUCAUUCAUAAAGAGCACAACAAAGAAGAGGAAGGAUCCAUCAUUGUGACAAGAGGACGCUGGAAACUGACCAACAAAGAGUUAUUGCCAAGAAGACGCUUGCAGGGGUUUGAUUUUUAUCUUCGCAGACGACGUUUGAAGCCAGAACUCACGCGCUCAUAGUGCGGAUAAAGCGGUCUAGGAUUCCAGUCAGAACUAAUUUAGCUUUAUGUGUUUUACAUGUUCGGUUUGUAUAAACACACAGUAGUACGGUUUGUCAGGGGGAAGGCUAUAUCGAAGCCACUGCACAGAACGGGAUGUUAAACGUAUACGGUACGGUGAAAAAGCCUGUACAUGUAGCACACCAGCAGCAGCUUUUGGCAAUCAUACGCAAUAUAUAUAGCUGAAUUCGGUUUCAGCGCUGGGCACGCUUAGCGUUGUGCCGUUCUUUUCCCAGCACUAUAUGAGUCAGUUACAACGAAGCUAGGGGAAAGCAGAUAAUUAAGACAAGAUGCCUGCCUGGCUUGAAUUUGCUGGGGCAUUGCUCCAUUUCCUGUUAUUCCUGCUAGUUCCCGCCAGAACCUCUGAAACGCACACAGCAGACGGUAUAAUCAGCAACGGGAACGCGAGCGUGUUUCAUGAAGGCCUGCAAUUCCUCAUUCGCUAUGGCUACCUCCCCAGCUCGGACAUGGAAUCUGGGAGGGCGGAGCUGCGAACUGCAGAAGAACUGGGCACUAUCAUCAGAGAUUUCCAACAAUUUGCUGGGCUCAACAAAACUGGUUACCUUGACGAAGCCACCAUAGCUCAGAUGAAGGCCCCUAGGUGUGGGGUUCAAGAUAUUCGCCCAGGCUACCGUUACAGCAGACGGAGGCGGCGAAGAUACAUACUUGGCCCGUCCAAGUGGAAAAAGAGACAUUUAACUUACAGGUUUGAAACAUACUCCAACGUGAUGUCAGACUAUUUACGGACCAGAGAUGCCAUCACCCAGGCACUGAAACAUUGGGAGAAGGUGACCACACUUAGAUUUACCGAACAGCUGUCCGGGGAGGCGGACAUCAAGAUCAAAUUCGGCAAAAACUACCAUGGCGACGGUUAUCCGUUUGAUGGUCGAGGUGGCAUCCUUGCACAUGCUUUUUUCCCUGGAGAUGACAAUGGUGGAGACACACAUUUUGAUGAUGAUGAAAGAUGGGUCACAGAAGAGCAUCAAAGUGGUACAGAUCUGUUUUCUGUUGCUGUGCAUGAAUUUGGUCAUGCCCUAGGCUUAGCACAUAGUGAUGUCAGAAAUGCCAUUAUGUUUCCAUGGUAUAAAAAAUACAACCGUCCAAACUUUGGUUUUCAUUCUGAUGAUAUUGAAGCCAUAUCAAAAUUAUAUGGAAAAGUUCAUCCUGAUGUCAUUCCAACUGUGGCUCCCCCUACUUCACCACCGGUGACACAAGCACCCACCACACCUAAACCCAGGGACAAGAACUCACCCCCUUUGACAUGUGAUACUACAUAUGAUGCAAUUGCUCUGAUAAGAGGAGAGAUAUUUAUUUUCAAAGGAAAGUGGAACUGGCGCAGAGACCAGAAAGGGCUCCUUGAUGGCAACACCCCUCUAAGCCUCCAUAGGUUGUGGUAUGGAAUGCCAGAUCAUGUAGAAUACAUUGAUGCUGUGUAUGAGAGAAAAUCAGAUCACAGAAUAAUAUUCUUUUCAGGUAAUCGCUACUAUGUUUUCAAUGCAAACCAACUAGUCCACGGCUUUCCAGAAGAAGGUCGCCCAAUCACAGACUACGGUUUACCCAAUGACAUAGAGAAAAUUGAUGCCGUCUUCACAUGGAGUUAUAACAGCAGAACAUAUCUCAUCACAGGCAAUAUGUACUGGAAGUUGGAUGAGAAGGAGCAGAGGGUGGUGCCUUUUGACUACCCACGGGACAUGGGGAUAUGGCAAGGAGUGCCGACCCCAGUAGAUGCAGCCUUCCAGUUUUGGGACGGUGUAACAUAUUUUUUCAAGGGAGACCAAUACUGGCAGUUUAAUGAUGAACUCAUGAAAGUUGAAGACCAAUUUCCCCAACCUUCUGCAGAAAAGUGGAUGGGAUGUCCCCUCAAUUCUACACGAUCAGAAACUGAAUCAAAUACAAAAGCACCAGUAGGUGGAGGCAGUAGUAUUUACAAACUUUCUAUAGGUCCAGUGAUACUGUUAUUUUUAACAUUACAUUUAUUUAUUACAAAACUAAGGUGAAACAUACUUAAUAUUUUACUAACAGUAUUAUGUACUUAAAUUUAAGUUUCUUUUGAAACAAUUGAUAGGAAUUCUGACUUCCUAAUGUGCCAUGUGCAUUUCUAACCAUCUUAAGAUCAGUUGGGAAAGUCAUCAUGGCCACAGUUCAUACUAUUAAAUCAUGAUCAGUUACAUAGAAAUCAGACUGUUAACUACCAUUGUGUAGGAAAAUGUGUACGCAAAGUAUUUUAGAGGGGAGGUGGGAGUUUAACAGCGUAGUAUUUAUUUAGAGCCAGGGGUUUUUUCAGAGCUUUUCUGUAGCCCAGAGGUCAACUGAAAUACAUAUCAGAAUCAUGGAAACCAAAAAUCAUAAUUUUGUUGAUUGUUUAUUACACAAUGAAGAUGCAUAAAUUGGUAAAAAUUAGAUGUGCACUGUUGCUAUUAGUUGUUUUAUGGUGCAGGACAACCAUUUCAUAAUAAGGCCAGUCAUGAUGCCAAAGACAAGUACAGAAAAUUUUUGUGGGAGUGAAUUUUCAUGUCAUAGACACAUAUUUAAGUACACUUUUAGCGUAGCAAUACAGGUAAUGCAGGGUUAUUUUUUGUAUGUGCACUGAAAUAAACAAGCACAAUAUUUAGUAAGCAUCACGCUUCUAAACACUACUCAUUCAGAUCAUUACAGAUUAUACUUGUGCACCAGUGAUUUAUAAGAACAUUUUCAACAAUGAUGCCCAUUGCAACAAGUCCUAGAUAUUUUGGAAUUUAACAAGAGUUGCAAAAUCACCUGGAAAAUACUCAACAUGUAAAAAAAAUAAGUGCAUGUACACAUGCCAUGUGCUUCUAUAAAGUGCCAAAGUAUGUAUACUAGUAAAUAGAUAUUCAUCAUUUGAAUUGCAUGUUAUCCAAUUGAGAGUCAACUUACUCUCAGCAGGAACCCUGAUGUUGUGGUGCUAUUGUUUUGAUAAAUUACAGGUAUAAGUACCUAUUUUACAUUUAUUUUACAUUAAGUUCCACUUUGUUGAAUUAUUAUAAUUUUAUUCCAUUAAGAUUCAACACAUACUCCCAGAUUUAUUUGAAUUGUUUGUACAUAGAAUUUUAACAUGAUAUCAUUUGUGUCAGUUGUACCUUUUAGCAGUUUUUGUACAUAUCUUUUAAGUCAGUCUUAGUUUUAAAAAGGACUGCAAAAAUUACCUUAUGAGUGUGGUAACAAGAGCAGAAAUCGGUUAUGGGCUCUCUUCAACUGCUGAAUGAUCUCAGAUUUCAACUUACAUUUUUGUUUUAAUUAUAGUAAUGACAUCUUUUA